AUUCAGUGCCGCUGUUUCGUUCGUGACGAAAGGAUGUACGCCCGGUUGUCGAGCGUAUGAAACGUACACACACACACACACACACGCAAGCACACACACACAUACAUAUACCUAGACAAAGAUGAUGCAGGGGGACAAUAUGAUGAACAUGGGGAAGAAUGGCGAAUUUGAUGAGCUCUCUCAGCUGCUCAAAUCUUGGAAUGUCAGCGAACUGUUGCCGCAUUUGCAAGAGGAAGCCAUCAACGUGCAGGAGCUGCAGAUGCUGAAGCGACAUCAUCUAAAUGAGCUGCUGCGCAACUUUCGCUACGGCACCAGAAUACGCUUCGAACAUCAUCUCGAGCGAUGGCGUCGAUGGAUCAAUAUGCCGCUCCAGGAUGCGCCUGUGGAUGCAGAGACGCACUGCAGCAGCAGCAACAACAGCUGCGGCAUUGGCGGGGGAGGUGGCAACAAGACUGUGACCCACUGCAAUGGCUGCCAGUGCAACAUAAGUGCGCCGAUGACGAUGACAGAGUCGCAUUCCAAGACCGAUCUGCUGGAUGAUCAAAGCAAGCAACUACCCUCGGAGCCAUUUGUCUCGCUCAACGAGGAGCCUGACGGAUCCGCCUUCAAUGUGCCACUCCCACUCGGCGAUCACACGGAACUGGUGCACACCGAGCUGGUGACGUCGGAUCUGAUCAAGCCAGAGCUGCCGGAGAUGGAGUGCAGCGUGGAGAGCGGCGUCACAGUGUUGGCCAUAUUGCAAGCGUCGCCAGUGAAGGCGCAUGCUCUGUUGGAGCGUUUGGGACACAAUGAGCAGUUGGAUGCAGUGCAGCGAUUGCUUCUCAUACAGCUCAUCUGCAGUUACUACGAGGACAAUCGAUUGCAUUUGACGCUGCAGCGAAGUCAUCUGCUGGAACGCGAGAUUCUCCAGCUGUUCCCCAAGGAGCAGUUGUGCUUCUAUCGCACCGAGCGACGUGGCAAGAUUUAUGUCCGUUUCACCAACAUGAAGCGGAACAAACGCAUCGGUAGUCAGCGGGAUCAGAAGCGGAGACGCGAGGAGUCGGUAGCGGCGCCUUGCAGCUAUGUCUCGAAGCAGGGGACGUAUGGGGGCGAUGCCAUGUCCAGUCCGGAGAGAUCAGAUUGAAUACACUAUAAGCACUAGCCAUAGCCUUAGCUCAUAAGCAAGCAUCUCUUAAAGACAUGCUGACAUACUAACUAAUAUAUAUAUUCUACAUAUAUAUAAUAAUCUUUAAGUUCCCUGAUCGGCCAUCAGUAUAUCAGAUAUUUUAUCGAUUUUACUUUGUUUAAAUUGUAAUUUUAGCUACUCUAUUCCUUCUUCUCAGUCCUAUUUAUCACUAGCCUAUUUUUAUCUAUCUAUUUAAGUUAAUAAUUAUUUUCCGAUUUCUUUGAUUGGUUAAUUUUUUAAAUAACUCUUUUAUCUCAGCUUAGUAUUUAGAAUAUUUGAGUUACCUUAGACAUUCUGCCAUGCAA